AUGCCUCCCGUGCUGAACCCCUUCUUACGGGCCUUCUUCCGUAGUGCACUCCCCAGCCAGUGCCAGCCGGCUCAACACCACGUCCUUCUCGUGCCCACAACCGAAGUCCUCCUCACCUCCCGCGACAAGGAAACGAACACACUAUACGCUGAUUUAAGCGGCUCUGAGGACUUCCUAGCCAGUCAUGUCCUGCGAGUCCCGGGUGGCGUGGGCCCGAACAACCAUGUCAAGGACGCAGGGAGCUUCAGAGAGACCAGAGGAAAGGCGAAGCAGUUCACAACAGCGAAUGGGCGGACGGUAAUCGUCAAAGACGCCUUCAUAUACAGUAACAAAGAUACAGGUUUCAAGACACUGAACCAGGCACAGCUCUUGGCCGACACCAUCUUCUACCCCGACACGUUCGACGCGCAGCCAUGGCUUGUAUACUACAUCUCCAAGCCGCUCAUCGGGACGUGGGAGGCGAGUCCCAUCAUACCGGCGACGCUAGAGGCCAAGAAGGAAGUGGUUGCGAUACAAGUGGCGGGAUCGAGCUCUGCUGCAGGACUCAACUCGGGCAUGCCGCGCAAGAAGGAAGUCAAGUCCUUUAGCGACCUCCUGAACCACUUCCCCAUGAUCGCAAGACAGAUGCAGCCAGCCCUUACCCUCAACGCCAUCGCGGAGCUCGCGACGAUCAUCUGUGAGCUCGAGGUCAAUACGGUCGCGGAGAAGCGGGUCAGUAUCUUCAGCGGAGACUGCACCCCUAUCGAUGCACAGCAGCAUAUCGAGAUUGGUGACGAGGAGGUGCAGAUGCGCAACUCGCUAGAGACAGCAGUGACCGCUGCAAUUGAUCUAUUCCAGAUGGUGGAUAAGCAGCAGCUUUCUCUGCUGGGCGCGACGACCGAUCUUACAGGACCCAUCGUGGAGCGCAUGAUCGAGCGGUACAUCGCCGAACAAGUACACCACCGAACACUGUUCCCCCGAAUAUGCGAGAUACGACGACUCGAAGACAUCGAACUGGAGCGGCGCACACGGCAAAUGGUGGACAUCGAUAUAUCGCAGGUCGGUAUAGACAUUGGCAAUGGGCGCAAGGGUAAACAAGAGCUGGCUGUACGGCUCUCCAAGGCAGUGGACAUGUUCAAGAAAAUGGGCGUUGCUGGAAGUCCACAAGAAAUGUUGGAGAUAUUACUGGGCGUCCAGAAGCACAUGACGAUGCCCGACUCCGAAUCGACGACGAAUGACCCACAGCCGAAGACAGGCAGCAACGGCGAGCAGAUUUCAGAGAAGCAGGACCCCCUUCUCACGAUCAACGCCGAUACGCUAGUGUCUUUACUUCUAAUAGUCGUUAUUCGAGCCCCAGUACGGCACUUGCAAGCGCGGCUGUCGUAUAUGCGGCAUUUCAUCUUCAUCGAUGAUGUGGAAAGCGGAGAGCUAGGAUAUGCGCUCAGCACUUUUGAGGCUGUUCUGUCCUAUCUGUCGCAAGACGCGGGCGGUCUGCGAAAAGCAAGUCGUCGGAAUAGAGCCCUCUGGCAAGCGACGAAAUCGGGCGAUCUUGCGACGAUGCAAAGUAUCCUCGAGCCUGAUCGAUCGUUCCACGAAAACAUGUACUCCAGCUCGGAGGACGAAGACGUUCAGGAAAACCAUCGUCCAGUGCGAUUUGCGGCGAGCUUCUCGGAUUUAUCUGCACUUGAAGGGACUACAAUGAACGGCGACUACGAGUCAAAUAGGAGACAGCAGAAUAGACCGGGGAACAAACGGCAAAAUGAGGACGGUCCACUCGCACACAUAUUUCCCUUUCAAAGAGCCGAGACACCCCCAUUGCCAGAGAGGCCGAAGAUGAAGAAACGAGUUUCCAUGGACACACGAAGCAUGUCUAGUGGAUCAAUGCGAUCGUUCAGGUCUCGCACGACUCUCGAUUCGCACAUAAGUGGCAUUGAGGGCGACACGUCAAUAGAGAAGCUUACAAUGACCCAAGGGACCGAUGGCGAAUCCGUCCUGAUGAUGGCCGUUGAAGCUAAACAGGACAAAGCUUUACAGUAUCUGCUAAGCCUGAACGAAUACUAUUCUCCUCGCUGGGUUCUCGAUGAUCAUAAUAACGAGGGCACUACAUUGCUCAGUGCAGCAGUACAAUUGGCACAUGCGAAGACGACGGACACGAUCCUCGCCUACGUACUGGAACAUAGCGCCAGUCCAGAGGAGUUGAGGGCCCAUCUCGCAAAACAGGACGCCAAAGGACGAUGUCACCUCCUGCCCUGGCGGCUCAAGGAUAAGAAUGGUCAGACACCGAUCUUCGCCUUAUGCAGAUCCUAUGACCACGACCAGUAUCACGAUAUGGUGGACAAGGCAAUAUUAGCUGCGACACAUGCACAGGAGGAUGGACAGCCGCUACAUCUCGACGAACACGUCGACAACAAAGGCAACAGCCUACUUCACAUCAUUACGGACCCACAGAUUGCGGUCAAGCUACUCUAUCGCUGCGAUUCGGACGCAAACGCAACAAAUGACAGGCACUUCACGCCGCUGAUGGUGGCGAGCAAGUAUGGCCGAACAGACAUGGUUCGGGUACUGUACCAGGACCCUCGAGUAGAUCUGUCCUUUAGAGAUGCGCGCGGCCUCACAGCUGUGGAGCUUGCUAAAGAUGAUGAAGUCCGCAACAGGAUCGAUGAUCUUGUGCUGCUCUCUAAUGAACCCGGGCCUGAUGGACGCACAACUACCGUAGUCAGGUCGUUCUUUGUCGAAGAUGGAUCAGUACGGCUUGUGCUGAAGUCCGGAGCACCUAAUGGCAAUGGGACAAUCACUGUGACGACCUGUCGGAGGUCAUCGCACGACUUCGAGAAUCUAGCCAAGUGGCUUGCGCAAGAGCAUCCAGCUUCAUGGCUCCCGGCCAUCGCCAACCUACCCUCGCCAUAUCUAAUACCUUCAAGACCAUCCCGAUCGGUCUUGCGCGAUAUCCAGCUCAGACUUGACGCAUUCCUCAAAAUCCUUCUCCGCCAUCCAACCUUUUCCACUCAUGAAAUGGUAUGGGAGUUCUUCCUCGUCCCCGACAUCGACACCGCCAUGCUCUCCGAACGCUCAGCCCGCAAAGCCGAGCUCCGCGUCGAACGACUGCGUGAAGAAUACGCACCCAUCUACGACCACAUGCGUGAAAACAUCCGCGCCCUCCACCACGCCUCGAAAUCCGUCCUCCGCCGCACGAAUAAAAUCCGCUCCGCAUCGCUCGAUCUUCACGAUGCCGCCAAGAUUGCCAACACCGCCAUCCACUCUCUGCAAUUUCCUCUCCCCGAACCACAUCUCCGCGCGUACGAACGCUACAUCAAAUGCCUCUCGCACAGCGAAGCCAGCCCCACCGCAGGCUUCUACUACUCCAUGCACGCCAUCUCCAGCACCAUCACAUCUAUCCUCGCCUCGCUCUCCCGCCCCUCCACACUCAUCACCUCCAUGUCCGCCACGCAAAAAGCCAUCGACCGCCACAACCUCUCCGUACGCAGAUCAGAUCGCUGGCCCCUCGGCCUCCUUGACGAUGCGCGCUCCCGCGUCCAGCGCGACGCCCAGGAUAAAAUGGACAAGAGCAAACUCGAGCUCGCGGACCUUGGCCGCGAACUGCGGUAUACGCAGCAAGUUGUUGCCAGCGAACUUGCGAGCUGGCAGGAGAAUCGCGUGGAGAUGGGGCGUAAGGCGCUGAAAGAUCUAGCGAGGAGGAUGGUCGUGGUGGAGAAGGCGAGGCUGGAGAGCAUGCGGCGCGCGGUCAGAGGGUUGGGGAUUGUCAAGUCAAACGACAGCGUCGCGGGCAAUGGCGUCACUGGCCCGGAGAUCCAGGAUGUGCGCGUCGAGCAUGCGAAUCCGAUCCCGAGGGAUGAAGAGCUGGGCGGCGAGGUUGUGCUGGGGAAUGGAGAGGCGGUGGCCGAUGAGUCGGUGCCCGGGGAUGAAGUUGAGCAGGAAUUGAUGCAUGCGCGAGAGGAGGAGGAGGGGGAGGGAGGGUUUGGAGGAAGAGCAAGCUCCGCCCAGCGAGGGAGAUGCUGGUGCAAAUGCUAG